AUGGUGCAAGAAGGCAUUGUGUUGGGCCAUAGAAUUUCUAACAAGGGCAUAGAAGUAGAUGGAGUAAAGCUGGAAGUCAUUGAAAAAUUACCACCACCUACUACAGUCAAGGGGAUUAGAAGCUUUUUGGGGCACGCGGGAUUCUAUAGGAGGUUUAUAAAAGAUUUUUCAAAGAUUUACAAGCCCAUUUGUUCCUUACUUGAGAAAAAUCCAGCAUUUGAGUUCACCAAGGAGUGUCAAGAAGCAUUUGUGACUUUGAAAAAAGCUCUUAUCACCGCACCCAUCAUUGUAGCUCUGGAUUGGUCUCUUCCCUUUGAAUUGAUGUGCGAUGCUAGUGACUUUGUUGUGGGUGCUGUAAUGCCCGAAAUCCCUAAUGCAGUUUAA